UUCAUUUCCACCACAUUCCUGCUGCUGCGCUUUGUCUCUGUCAACGGCGCGGGGCGACGUCUUUGGAGCACGGAGAUUGCUGCAGAGAACCCCGAACGGCACAGCGAGCGAACAGGAGCGCGGAGUCGAAGUGUUUUUGCCCUGCGGAAAAACGAGUCGCAUAUUUCGGUGUUCAUUUCGUUCGUUUCGUUUGUGCACCAGUUCCCACGUCCUUCAUUCAUUCGCGAGAAUCAACUCCCGUGCCGAGCGCUCAGCAGUAGUCCUGUGAUUCACCCGCGCGCGAUCGUUCUUCAAACCAAAACACAAACACAGUUUGAUAAUGGCCGAUAAGAAAGCGCGUUAAUGUCCUCGCAAACUGUCUCUCGGCGUGUUUUGGGUGGCGUGCGCGCACUUGGCGACGGAGAGGCAGAAGCAAAGGCGAUGAUGCCCCCAGAGGCGGCGGCGCGACGGCGAAAUGCCCGAAAACAGUGCCGGCCUUCCGCCGCCCGCUGCACCGGCCUUCACUCAAGCACCGCCGCCCCAACCCAAUCCAGCCGUUCCUGCUCCACAUCCAUACGGAGCAAUGGUACCGGGCGUGCACGGCGCCGCCCCUUACAUGCUGCCUGGCCAGGCGCCCCUGUAUCCACAGGGCCCGCCUCCGACGUACGAUCAGGCGCUCACGCAUCCAGCUAUCGUCGGUCAGCCCCGAAACUUUCAGGUGUACCCGCCGGGCGCCACUAUGUACGCAGCUGGUUAUCCUGCCUAUCUAGCCGGGUAUCCUACUUACGCACCGAUGCAGUACUACCCAACACUAGGUGGCUAUUCCUACGCCAUGCAGCCGACCCAGAUUAGACCUACGAUAAUGAUUCCAAAUGGUUAUGAUGCUGGCGCACGUUUCGAUGGUAUCGGCCAGCCUGUAAUCCCGCCCGCACCUCCGGGUGUGCCACCAUCGGCGGCGCAAAUUGCCGCCAUGGCCGGUCACCAUGUUGUGUUGGGUCAGAAGAAGGGCUCGUUCCUCUCCGGCGGCUCAGACGGUGGCUAUACAUUUUGGUAGGGCACAAUGUAGCCGGGUGCGCUCUGCUCUUGCAAAAUGGGCGAUGACCCCGCCGCCGCCCAGAAAAAAAAAUGGUACAAUCCACCAAACAAAAACAAAAGAGUAACACACACACAAAUCUAUCUCUAUCAAUAACAAAACAAUUUUUAUUAGGCGUUUUAAGAAUAUUUAAGAAUUAGUACGACUACAUUACGAACAUGCGCGCGGUUAUGAAGAGGUGGUUAACACAGAGGACGCGAGGGGAUGAUAGAUGAAGAGGAGCCAAUCACAGAGCAGACAAUUGCUUCAAACGAGACGCUUUGAAUGCAAUAUGUACAAAAAUGAAACAUACGCAAGACUAGAUAAAUUAUAAACUAAUGUUAUUAGCGAUUAUUUAACGCAUUGAGAGGCUGAGUUGUUGAUUUUUUCAUCGUUUCACUGAAAACAAGGUAUUAUUCUAUUGCUUUAUUUCUGUGUUUUGAUGAAUGACGUGUUGUAGGUUAAUAUCAGUGCCAUAACCUAAAAAGAACUUAGUGCAAUACAAUGUACACACCCAAAAUAAAGCAAUGGAAACCAACUUAACCUCACUUUAACAUGAAAAACUUGACAAAGGACAAGAAAAGAGGUGGAUACAUUUAUGUUUAGUAAAAAACAAACGAUUCACACAAGUUGCGAUGCCAUUAGUACGCGUUAAACGAUGGUUGACUUAAAUUUAAUUUUUUACACCCAGUGGCGUCGCAACUUUUGUACCAGAUCAGAUUUUCAGACCUAUUUGCAUUCUCUAGCUUAAAAUUGUACCUGGGAAUGUGAUGUGGUCUCAAAACUUGAAGUUAAUUUAUUCUCGUUGAUGCUGGUUAUAAUUUUCUUUGUUGAACAUUUAAAAUUUUAUUUCUUUCGAUUACGGUUUAACUUUUGACGAAUAAAAAACACAUGAAAAGAAUCAAGAAUCGCGGCGUAAAAAAAAAACAAGUAAUAAUACCUUUAAGAAGGCAAUAGAUUUAGACGUUUCUUAAAAAAAAUCGAGCGAGUGUAAAAAUGUAAGAAACAAAAGUGUAAAGGUACUUUAACAAAAACAACCAAAAACAAAAAACAAUCAUAGGGUAUGUACGUAUUUACUACACAAACACACACAAACAAUGCGAUUACAUGCGAUUUUUAAUUAUCGAUUAUUAUUAGAUAAAAACAAAUAAUAAAACGCAAACAAUAAGCAAUCGAGUGAGCGCGCGGCCGCUCAACAAACCGGAAACACAUGAGACACAGAACACACAACAUGACAAAUUGGCGUCGCCGAGAAACGAAACACCAAAUAUAGUCGAAAGUGCUAAAGAAACAUAACACAAAACACACGGAAAAUGACAAAUCGAUGCCAUUUGAUUGUUACUAUUGUUAUUAUUAAUUACUUAAUAGCGAGGUUGCAUACAAAUUGAGAAUAAUAAUGAACAGACGCGCGUGCGCGCGGAAUAAUAAUAAAACGAAUAAAGACAAGCGAUGCAACCAUCUGCAGCAAGGGGGGGAGUAAACUGAAAGUUACCAAUUUGUAAGGCGCCAUCUUGGUUUCGCAGCGGAAUGGCGGCUUUAAGUUGUAAGCAUUGUAAGUAUCAGUUCAUCACGCAUAUAUUGUACACACGUGUAAAGUAAAGUAUAUUUGUACGAGCGAAAGCGAUAAACAAAAUUUAAAACUUAACAAAUUGCAAGCGAGAUGAGUGUGAUGUUAAAAAAGAUGUAAUGUAAUGCUAACUGGUGCAGGAAACGAUGUCUUCGAAGACUGUUAUCUAUGAUCUUUAUUAUUCUAUUAUUAUUACUGAUCAUUGAUUGAUUCGACAAACAAAUAUUGUAUGAGAAAAAUAAAUACGAAGAAAAUUCUUGACAAAAA